AUGGGUUCCAGAAGAUACGACUCUAGAACGACGAUCUUUUCCCCUGAGGGGAGAUUAUAUCAGGUUGAAUAUGCUUUGGAAUCUAUAUCUCACGCUGGUACAGCAAUUGGUAUCAUGGCGAAGGAUGGAAUAGUGCUGGCAGCCGAGAGAAAGGUGACUAGCAAACUAUUAGAACAGGAUACAUCGAGUGAGAAAUUGUAUAGGCUAAAUGAUAAUAUUACAGUUGCUGUGGCAGGGUUAACAGCAGAUGCAGAGAUUCUGAUAAACACAGCUAGAUUGCAUGCACAGAAUUAUUUGAAGAUGUAUAAUGAGGAGAUUCCAGUUGAGAUUCUUGUUAGACGGCUUUCAGAUAUCAAGCAGGGUUACACGCAGCAUGGUGGAUUGAGGCCAUUUGGGGUUUCGUUUAUUUAUGCGGGGUAUGAUGACCGUUAUGGGUACCAGUUGUAUACGUCAAAUCCUUCUGGCAAUUAUUCGGGUUGGAAGGCGAUCAGUGUAGGCGCCAACACACAGGCUGCACAGACAUUAUUGCAGAUGGAUUACAAGGAUGAAAUUACGUUUGAAAAUGCAAUUGAGCUAGCAUUGAAGACACUAUCGAAGACUACGGAUAAUAGCUCGUUAACAGAUGACAGACUAGAAUUCGCCACUAUCAAGCAGGAUUCGAAUGGGAAGUUAGUGCAGAAAAUAUACAAGCCCUCUGAAAUUAAGGAAUUGUUGCAGAAAAGUGGUAUAAUGAAGCAAGAAGAGAACGCGGAUUGA